AUGUUUCGCCACCUAGCAAGAACUAGUAGGACAACUGCAAGAUUGGUAAACACUAGAUCAGUAUUGACUCAAAGAUCUAUUACACCACUUAUUUCUCGUUUAUAUUUUUCAAGUAAUGGUUAUUAUUAUGAAGAGCCUCAACCUAGUAAAGUAGUAUGCUUUUUGUUAGGUGCCACUGCAGCUGCAGGUGCAAUUUAUUUUGUCAAACCAAAUAAACCAAAACCUAAGAAAAUUGAAGAGACUCCAGUAAUCCCAACACAGGAGAAAAUAGUUAGUAUAGAACCUCCAAUUACUGAAGAAAUAUUAAUACAUGAUGAACCUGUCGUUGAAACAUCUGACAUGGAACCUAUUGUAAAUGAAGAACCUGUUAUUCAAGAAGAAGUGACUGUUGUAGAUGAUAAUGCUAUUGAUUCAGUUAUAAACCCUGAAGAGAAUAGUAUUGCAGAUAUUGAUAAUGGAUCAUCGGAUGUUGCUGAAGUAUUGGCUAGCCAAAUCAACAAUAAAAAUAAUGAUAUUAAGAAAUCAAAUACUGAUAUCGCUGAAAAGGAGAACAUACAACUAGGUGAAUUAGAAGAAGAAACGAAAAAAGAAUCAGCUUAUAAUCCAGAUACUGGUGAAAUCAAUUGGGAUUGCCCAUGUUUGGGUGGGAUGGCUCAUGGUCCAUGUGGUGAAGAAUUUAAAGAAGCUUUUUCAUGUUUCAUUUAUUCUGAAGCGGAACCAAAAGGUAUAGAUUGUGUCGAAAAAUUCCAAGGUAUGCAAACUUGUUUCAGAAAAUACCCUGAAUAUUAUGCUGAACAACUAAAGGAUGAAGAAGAUGCUGAAACUGUCAUGCAAUCCGAAGAAUUUGCUCAAACUAAUGAUGAUAGCACCGUUCCAGUUGUUCCAGAGGAAACAGUUAACUUUAAUGAACAACAAGAGAAAGAUGAACCCUUCGAUUUAGUUGAAGAAAUUGAAUUAACUGAAAGUGAUUAG